ACCCCUCUGCUCUCCAUGGGCAUCUGCCAGGCAGGGCACUACCUGCAUCUCUGCCUGGCCCACCACCCACCUCUGGUCUGUGCCACUUUGAUCCUGCUGCUUCUUGGCCUUUCUGGCCUGGGUCUUGGUGGCUUCCUCCUCACCCACAGAACUGACCUGCACAGCCCUGACAUCUCCCAGGACUGGGUCUCCUUCUUGAGAUCUUUUGGCCAGCUGGCCCUGUGCCCGGUGAAUGGGACAGUCACAAAGAAGGGCCGUGGGUCUCAUGUUGUGGGCUUACUGGCCACCUUGAACUUUGGAGAUGGUCCAGACAGGAACAAGACCCAGAAAUUCCAAGCCCAGGUCCAGGGUAGCCGGAUGGGAUUGAAAGGAUCUUUUGCAGGAAAGCUGGUGCUCGUUAUGGCCAGGGUGACCACAGAAAGGACCCCAGGAAUCUGCCUGUAUUUUAGUGCUACUCCAGAAAUCCUGCCCUCCAGCCAGCCACCGAUACCCUGCUCAGAGGAGGGAGCAGGAAAUGCCACCCUGAGCCCUAGAAUGGCUGAGGAGUGUGUCAGUGUCUGGAGCCACGAAGGUCUCGUGCUCAUCAAGUUGCUUACCUCGGAGGAGCUGAUUCUGUGUGGCUCUCGGCUGUUGGUUUUGGGCUUCUCCCUGAUUCUAUUCUGUGGCCUCUGCUGUCUCACUGCAGCGUGCUUCCAUCCGCACCGGGAGUCCCACUGGUCUAGAACCCGGCUCUGAGGGCUCUGGCCUAGUUCCCGUCUCACUCUCAGGUGUGGAUCAACUUCUUGGGCCUUGAUUCUGAGUUGGAAGAGAUGUUACAAAAAGUGAAGAGCUGGAAUGUGGGAGGAAAUAAA